CCUCACUUCUAUCCCGCCGCGAUUGGCACUGGGGCUCCUGCCGAGCCGGGCCUGGGCACGUCCCUGCGAAAGCUCGCUGAGGCGGGUUUGUAGGGCUCCCGAGUACUGCGGCACGGUCGGUGCCGACCCGUCUUGGGGAUACCUACAGCCCCCCGCUCCCUCACAGUCCCACGGCUCUCCCGUGUUCCCCUCGCAAGAGCUUCUUGGACUCCCCUGGGAGAAUGAGGGGUGACAGAGUCGUGCUGGCCAGCCUGGGACUGCCACACCCCUGGGGCUGUGCUGGCACAGGCCUUUUCCCUUGCAAAUGCUUUACAAGCUGCUAAUGUGAAAUUUUCUGCUGCAAAGAGCUAACGAUGCUUGAAAACCUGAUGACUACUUACACCAGUUUUACAUUUGGAGAGACCUUUUUAGCACUUAAGGCCCUCAGACUGAUAGAUUUUUGCUAAGAGACAGUCUUCCAUUACAGUGUUUUCUCAGUUGCAUAAGAAGCCGAAGACUUCUAAUAACGUUAACAAAAUUGAAGCAGACGUAAAUGAAGUGUGGGCAGUCAUGGAAUCUGCUUAAAAUGUUCAGUACUGCUCAUUCAAUUUUGUACAAGUUUACUUAUUCUGUUGUUAGACAAACUCAACAAGGAUUAAGAUAACCAAUAAAGGAUUAGACAGAUUUAGGCUAAGCUAUUUAAAGACAAUGCAAUGUUAAUUAAACUGACUUAAGUAAUUCAGAUUAAUCAGUGAUGCUUCAGACACUAACUGAAGAAAAAGACGACAGAAGUCUGGCCAGAGAUGAGAAGAACAAUUUAAACACCAGUUUGUAUCUUGAUUAUUGGCCUCUACGCGCUUUGAAUGAAGGCACAAUGGAGCACAGUUCCCAUGCGGUGUAUCUAACCUUAAAUGCAUCUAAGCAGCUCCCUACAAUCAUGGCAAGAAAGUUAAUGUUUUUGAUGUCUUGCGUUGAAAAGAUAGUUAUCCGUCAGGCCUACGAGCAGACUUUAUGAUCAUCCUCAACUGGGAGAGGGAAGAACAUGCCCAAGGCCAGGGCGGGCGGCGCAGAGGAGGCGAGUCCCGAGAGCGCCGAGAGGAAGGGCCCCGGCCGCCCCCGGGCCGGCGGGGAGAAUGUGUUUAUUGGUCAAUCCAAAAUCUACAGCUACCUGAAUCCUAACAAAACUCCUGGUGCUCGCUCCCCGCUUCAAGAGGAAAACUCUGUCAUGUAUCACGAGGUGAAAUGUCAGGGCAAAACACUAAACGAAACCUACAGGAAAGGAGAUGAGAAAAAGAAUGGUGGCAAUAUAAUUGAAGGUGCUAUGAAACCAGAAGACCAGAAAGAUAAAGAAAGUGGGUGCAAUGCUUCGGUGCCCUCCUCUGAUCAAAACCAAGAAACUGUAGAAACCCAAAAGACACCCCUGCCUUCAGACUGUGCUGAUGAGGCCAAUGCAAAGCCAGCUCAGAAAAAGAUGGUUAAAGCAAAACGUGGACCAAGGAGGAAAACGCAAGGGAGGACACCAAAUCGAAAAGUGACAGAUUAUUACCCAGUUAGAAGAAGUUCCAGGAAGAGCAAAUCUGAAUUGGAGACUGAGGAGAGGAGGAAAAUAGAUGAGCUAAUUACAAGUGGGAAGGAAGAAGGAAUGAAGAUUGAUUACAUCGAUGGCAAAGGGAGAGGAGUCAUUGCUACUAAACAUUUUAAUCGAGGAGAAUUUGUAGUUGAAUAUCAUGGGGAUCUCAUAGAGAUCACUGAUGCUAAAAAGCGAGAAGCUCUGUACGCUCAAGAUCCAUCCACAGGCUGCUAUAUGUACUAUUUUCAGUACCUCAGCAAAACGUACUGUGUUGAUGCUACAAAAGAAACUAAUCGUCUGGGAAGACUGAUUAAUCACAGCAAAUGUGGCAAUUGUCAAACAAAGCUUCAUGACAUCGAUGGUGUGCCUCAUCUCAUAUUGAUAGCUUCCAGAGACAUUAAAGCAGGUGAAGAACUGUUGUAUGACUAUGGAGACAGAAGCAAAGCUUCCAUUGAAGCUCAUCCAUGGCUGAAACACUAAUUCAUCUUCUUUGUUUGGGGUUGUUUCUUUUUGUUUUUUGGACUGAGCGCUCUGCAAGGAGCCAGUGGAUGUUUUUUUUUUCCCCUGUCCUCACUUCCCUCAGCUUUCUUAGCGGACUGCUUAUGGUGUUCUGAGCUCCUUAAAAACUACCUUUUUGCUUUGCAGUAUUUAAUUACCUAUUACAGUUUUCCAGGCAGGCUUGAAUAAUUGAUCUUAGAUUGCCAAAACUUCCAUAUCGUGAAAGGAAACUCUCCCUAAAAUUUGAAUACUUCUGCGUAGUGACCGGUGCCACUUGAGCAUGCAGUCAGAGACUUGCACAGAAACUUCAUCACUUGGGUUGUGCUUCUGCUUUUGCGAUGAAAUCUCAUGCUCCACUUCGUGGGGCGAUGAACUUGGCAUUAGCUUUAUGACAGCAGAUGUACUUCUGUACUCUGACUCGUACAUCCAACGGCUUGACUGCUUGUCAGACUGUUUUUUACAACCCAGUGCUGACAGGCUUCUCUGAGACGGAUGCGACUGUUUCUAUCGUUUUCAAAUAAUUUGUGGUAGGGAUCCAGUUUUUCCAGUGUCAUAUCUCAUGUUGGCAAUGAACUUUAAAUGCACUGGCGCUGAGGGAAAUGGAUGGUCAAAUUGGCUGCUUUCCUCAGAGAAAUGACUCCAAGCCAAAUGAGGAUGGAUUUUGACAGACUGGGUUGAUACUGAUCAGAAUUGUGAAGAUAGAACUUCACAGAGAGAAUCAAUGUUUGACAUUACUUAUUUUCUAAAAUUUAAGAUGGUACCUUUUUAUAAUUGAUGGCUGAUUCUUGGAGGUGUCUCCCAGAGGAUUUUAAAGACGUAAAAGAAAAAGCUGUCUCCAAAAAUUUUUUAUUACCUUCCUAUGCUAAUUAGCCACAUCAGAAGCUAUUUAUUUACUGUGAAUGCUUGAAGUAGAGCAUAGCGGUUCCAAAAAUAGGAGUCCUCUUCAUAUGCAGCUUCAAACUGAAAUGAUGGAGUUCAUGCAAUGAAGAAAGUAGAUUCCUUAUUGCCUGGUCCUGUAGGUCUGUCCAGCUUGGUCUGGUCCCACUGUCUUAAAUGGGAGUCGAGUGCUCAGCAUCUGACGAUGUUUGUAACGUUACUGUUGGAGAACCAAAUCUGUGAUAUAGGCGGGCAAUACAAUGCAGGUCCUUUAUGUUAAAGAUGAAUUCUUACCAGUCGGAAUUUUUGCCAAGGCAGGCUUGGCAUGUGUGUAGAUGAAAAUGGCUGUGAGCCAUCAGCCACGCUUGCUGCUGGAAGAUGUCAGCAAGGGAUCUGUGGCUCUGUUAAUGUCUCCUGUUCCUCAUGUCUUGAAGGCGGCUGCUGUUCCAGCUAAUGCCCUCUAGGACAAUCUUAUGUGCUUGCCUAUGUGAUAGGUCAAAUAGCAACAACAUCCUGGUUGUAUGCUCCAGCAGCAAGAGAGGUGGCUUAGUGAUGUAUUUUUUAAAUUAAAAACUUGAAGACAAUGUCUCUGUAAAAUAAAGAAUAUAUUUAUUAUUGAUGAAGUGGCUGCUAUAGUACCUGUCUCCUUUGCAGAUCAUUAGCAUUUUGAAAGAAAGCUGUGAAAAUCAUUAGCCAUAAAAUGCUUUAUAUUAUUUCCUACUUAACACAAGGCAAGCUCAUCAGAGAUAGCCUGUGUAUUUUCACCAUUUCUGAAGAAUUAACUGGAGACCUGUUAUCUCACAUGUACUGAGUUACAGGUAAGGUUUGUUGGCUGACUUAUUUGAGUUGGCACUGAUUUCUUUUUCUCUGGUCUCAGUAACAGAGACUACAGCAGUGUACAGUAUCCUGUUUUAUUAGAGCACUUCCCUGAAGUCAAAAUUGGAAUAAAAUGCUUCCUUUCUUUUUUUAUUUAAACAUUUGCUUGUUCUCUAUCAGGUCAAAUAGCUUAAAACUGUUCUUCAGCGUCACUUUUCUAAACAAGAAAGGGGGAAGAUCUCUCCCUAAUUUACAUUUGAAAAAAAAUUGUCUUUGAAAUGCUUAACUGGUAAUCAAGUAGCACUGCAUCGGAAGAUGGUAAUAAAGCUGAUGUUGCACUGAA